AUGCCUCCAUAUCAAAAUUCUAUAUAUUUUUUAGUCCCUGUGUGUUCGCUUCAAUGGAAUUCAAUAGGCACGACUGUAGCAGGUAUUGGUACGCCAGGUGUUAGACCCCAGGAGCUCACUGGUCCUGAGGCUGUAUUUGUGGAUCCAUUCAACACACUCGUUAUCAGUGAUUCUAGAAAUAAUAGAAUCCAGAGAUGGGUGGUAGGUGCUGCUCAGGGUGUGACAGUGGCUGGUCAAGCAGGUGGAGGUGCAGGAGCAGGUGCAAAUCAGCUCAACUUUCCUGAAGGUGUUGUUGUGCUCCCAAAUGGUGAUAUCUAUGUAGCAGAUGCCGGUAAUAAUCGAGUCCAAUUUUGGCCAGCCGGAGGCGGUCCAGUCGGGACAUUGCCUAAUCCUCCUGGUGCCGGUCAACCAGCAUUAACCAAUCCGAGUGGUAUUACAUAUGAUCGUGUUGGGAACAGACUUUUCGUCACUGAUGUUAACAAUAAUCGAGUGAUCCAAUACACACUCCCAAAUCCAGUGUCUGGUGUUGUGGUUGCUGGUCCUAAUAUAGCUCCUAAUCCGUUGGUCAGACCAAGCGGUAUCUAUUUCGAUGCGGCAUCAAAUAGUCUUGUGAUCGCUAAUCGUGGUGCUAACAAUAUCCUUCAAUGGUUUUUAGCAACCAAUACAUUCACAGUUGUUGCUGGUAGUCCAGCUGGAGUGGCUGCUGCUGCUUUUCCUAAUACUCAGCUCAACUUUCUAACUGUUCCUUCAGAUGUAACAUCCAGUCUCAACGGAAAUAUAAUUGUAGCCGAUUCGGGCAAUCAUCGGAUAAUGCUAUUUCCGCCUGGUCCACCAACGGAUGGUAGCAAGAAUGGUAGAGUCAUUGCAGGAACUGGAGUCCGUGGUGCUACUCCUAACCAACUUAAUAAUCCCACUGCCGUUAGCACUGACGCUCAGGGUAAUUUAUACGUGGCCGACACACGCAAUAACCGCAUACAAUUGUUCACAUGCAUCCAAAUUUAAGCUUAGUCGAACUCAAUAAAACUUUGAACAUAUUUCCUUCUUUUAUUUUUAUUCAUGCAUUCAUACUUUAGAAAUUACGUGCUUUUGAGUUUUCAUAUCUAUUCGCAUAGAAGCUAUGUUUUUGCUCAUAUUAUCUUUAUACUAAUUUUUCUUUUAUUUACUUAAUAAAACAUAUAUAUUUUGGGGUG